AUGUAUUUUGACCAUAACCUUUAUUAUACUCUCAACAGUAUAGACAACAAAGGAAUUGAUAAUCCAGAUCAACGCAUAACACAGGAUGUGGAAAAGCUGUGUAGAUUACUGGCUACCAAAAUCACACCAUCAUUGCUGAUAGCACCUUUUGUUAUAGGAUAUUAUACUUAUAAGACGUGGCAGAGCGCUGGCGGAUUUGGUGUAGGAAUUAUUUACAUAUUUUUUGUUAUUGGCCUUGUUCUUAAUCGCAUACUGAUCUCACCAGUUACAAAGUGGGCUGCCAAAGUGGAGAAAGCCGAGGGAGACUUCCGCGCUGGCGGAUUUGGUGUAGGAAUUAUUUAUAUAUUUUUUGUUAUUGGCCUUGUUCUUAAUCGCAUAUUGAUCUCACCAGUUACGAAGUGGGCUGCCAAAGUGGAGAAAGCUGAAGGAGAUUUCCGAUUCAAACACGUGUCUGUGAGAAACAACGCUGAAGAGAGUGCCUUCUAUCGUGCCGCAAGUUUUGAGAAAACUACCUGUGAUGAAGCUUUCAUGGCAUUAUGGAAUAGACAACUAAGAUUUGUUUUGUGGCAAUUUCCUACUCAAGGUUAGAA